UGUUCGGUGGACUCGUUUAAAAUGAACGAUGGUCUCGGUGAUUGUGACCCAUGUCCAGCGCAUAGCACUGCUCAGAAUACUGGCAGUGCGAUAUGCCAAUGCGAUGCUGGAUACUACAGGGCCGAGGACGAAACUGCUGAUUACGCUUGUACGCAGCCGCCCUCAAAACCGUCACGCGUUACGAUCUCACGUCUCGAUGAAACAUCCGUCUUGAUCGAGUGGGAGGAACCGCUAAUGCUCGGUGGACGCAAGGAAUUAUGGUACCGUUAUCAGUGUUCCGAAUGUCCCACAACAACACACGCCCGUCCAUCCGGUGAUACAUUUACAGAAUUGUGGUACCGUUAUCAGUGUUCCGAAUGUCCCGUAACAACACAUGCCCGUCCAUCCGGUGAUACAUUUACAGUACGACGCUUGGAAUUGUCUGGUCUCAAAGCUGGUGUCACUUAUACGGUGUUAAUUUUUGCCGAAAAUAAAGUUUCGAAAAUGGUGUCCACGCUUGGUCAGUAUGGAGUGGCCGAAUUCACUACACGACCGCUGGUACCUCUUAUUAUAAGUGGCCUUAGGAUCGAGGGUGUACAGGAAAAUGGCGUUACCAUUGCUUGGAAACCUCCGAGUGGUGCAUUGGCUGAUAGCAGCAGAGAAAUUUCGUAUGAGGUAAAUCGUUUGAUACUCGCUGAAGUACCAUUGGUGCCUCUGAUUGUAAGUGGCCUUAGGAUCGAGGGUGUACAGGAAAAUGGCGUUACCAUUGCUUGGAAACCUCCGAGUGGUGCAUUGGCUGAUAGCAGCAGAGAAAUUUCGUAUGAGAUUGAAUCCUCAUAUAAUGAUACGUCAACAGUUGUGGAUACAGCGCACACUUAUUAUACCUUUGAAAGUUUGAAACCAUUGCUUAUGUAUACAUUUAAAGUUCGUGUAAUUCACGAUUAUCGACGUGGUAUGUGGAGUGAUCCGUUGAUAUAUCAGCCAAACCGAGCACUGUCUGGUAAUUCAAUGAGUGGCGAUGCUUUUACGUAUAACAACAGUAUCGCAGAUCUGCACUGGUCAUCGCCGGGUCCUCCACUUUGGGUUUGGAUUUUAUUGGUUUGUGCCUUUUUGGCUAUCGUUCUCUUCAUAUUCCUUGUAUGCUCACGACAAAAUCGUAGCCGCAAACGAAUGAGCGAUUGUGAUGGCUUGGAUUCGUAUAAAAAUGGUACUUUUUUGAUUCAGUAA